AUGUCAUCGAUUGCUGCAACGCAUGAGAUUCCUGAGCUCUCAAAAUGUGACUCCACUGCCACAAAUAAUGGGUUCGAUCCGUUUCUGCGACAGGUUGAUGUUCGAUUCAGCACAAGCUCGGGUGAUGAGAUCGUUGUUGAUGCGACCCCAGCUGGUGAGCAAACGUGGACAAGCUCUGAUGGGAAAGCAGGAAAGCACCCAUCUAGAAAGCUGCUUUCAUGUAUCGUCACAGAAAGGUCUAAAUUUCAGGACACUUCCCCAUCUGGAUCCCAGUUAGGCACUGUGGUGGCGAUACAUGGCGCUCCAGGAUCUCACAAAGAUUACAAAUACGUCACACCAUUGCUACAUGACAAAGGAAUACGUUUUAUCGGUGUCAAUAUGCCGGGCUUUGGUAUCACACCAGGUGAUCCUCGGCUUCGAUGCGACAAUAAAGAGCGUGACAAUUUUGUCCACGAACUUAUCGCUAAAAUUGGUAAUGUGGAGCGACUAGUCGUGAUGGGACAUAGCAGAGGAUGUGAAAAUGCGACCGCUGUGGCUGCAAGGAAUGUGCGAACACAUAGCGCGUCUGGUACUGCCUUGAUCCCACCGGUCUCCGCCGCCAUAGAGGAUGCGGCCUUUCUGGUUUACAACAAUAUUAUCGGGCUUCGAUUAGAUUCCGGAGAAAGGGCAAUGAUGUGUGUCCGAACGAUGUCUCACCUCGAACUAGCCAAAGGUGUACAACCAAAUAUAGACCGUAUUAAUCAAAGCCACGAUACGCGUGUACUUGUGGCGUAUUCCGGGAAAGAUUUUCUCAUAGAAACAAGCAUUUCACGAGAACUCGCCAACGCGUUCAAGGAUCACAAGGAACUGGUGAGUGAAAGUCGAUGUGGAUGUUUGGUCACAGACGUUUGA